GGUGACCUAGAAAAUGAAGGAGGCACAAGAUAGAAUGGAAGAGGAGGAAGUAGCAGUAGAGUAGACAAUUACAUUGCUUGCUGGCCUGGUGUUGCCCUUGGCUGCUAGAUAUCUCUGCUUGCAAAUCGAGUCUUUGCUGGCUGGGAUGGUUUCUAGGUUCUUUUGAUGUCUUCAUUAUGCCCUAAGAACCAUGCAGUUUUCCAGUUUCAUCCGGGCACCAGACGAGACUUUUGACUACUUGUUCAAGAUCAUCCUCAUUGGAGACUCAAAUGUGGGGAAGACAUGCGUGGUACAACACUUUAAAUCUGGACUCUAUACAGACACACAGCAGAACACAAUUGGUGUGGACUUCACUGUGCGCUGUCUUGAGAUAGAUGGGAAAAAAGUGAAGAUGCAGGUAUGGGACACUGCUGGCCAGGAGCGAUUCCGGACAAUCACCCAAAGCUACUAUAGAAAUGCGAAUGCUGCCAUCAUUGCCUACGACCUGACAAGGAGAUCCACAUUUGAAUCUGUUCCUCACUGGAUCCAUGAAGUAGAAAAAUACGGGGCAGCAAAUUUGGUCAUAAUGCUUAUUGGAAACAAGGCUGACCUAUGGGAUAAACGUCAUGUUCUUUUUGAAGAUGCUUGCACUCUGGCAGAGAAACAUGGCCUUCUCGCAGUUUUGGAGACUUCAGCUAAAGAGUCCAAGAACAUUGAGGAAGUGUUCAUGCUAAUGGCAAGGGAGCUGAUUGCCCGGAAUGACCUGAACUUUUAUGGGGAGGGUCCACAGAACAAUUUCCUCUUGGAUUCCAGUCCAAUUCUCAUAACUUCAAGUCCAAGUUCAAAGAACCGCUGCAAUUGUUAAAAGGGGGAGGAACUAAGGAGGAGAUAGAGUGUGCUGUUAUAGAGGCAAUCUCUGAAACCCAAAUUAGUCAGAAAUCUGGUUAUCCAGUAUGUUAGGUUUUAGAACUUGGAGUAGAUAUUCUGUUAUUCCCUUUCAGUUACUCAAGGCUUCCUUCCAGCAUGCAUGGUUGCCACUUUUGUCCUACUAUAUCAACAAAGAGAAACCUCUUGAGGCCAUCUCCAGUGACUGAAGGAAGUUCGAUUUCAUACAAGUAUUUAUUGCGGCUCUUCUAUGUUCCAGGCAUGGUGCUAGGUGCUGGGAACAGUAAGACAAAACUGAAAUGGGUUCUGCCUUCAAGAAGUUUACAUUCUACCAAGAAAGGCUCCCUUUUAAAGUCAGUAGGAGCUUUGAAGGAAAUUAAGGAGUCUAAGGGGCAGAAGCCCUUUUUUCCUUAGUCUUACUAUUAAAAUGAAGUUUAGUAUUGGGGUAGGAAGCAUGGAUAAAAGUUCCCCUUCAUUAGCCCUGGCCAAAGCCAGGAUCUGGCUUUUGGCCGCAGUGUUUUCGUUCAGUGUUGAAGAAAAGGAAGGGCCUACAAAAGUUGGGAGAAAAGUGAACAGAAUAUCAAGAAAAAGGAAAGGAUAGAAAGCAUGUUCUAGAGUGGCUUGUAUCCACUCACAAGUUGGGUUUGGGUUUUUGUUUUUGUUUUUUAAAUUUUUUAGGAGGAGAAUAGGGAAUUUGAGUAUAGUGAAAUUGAAGACAUAAAAUAGCACAACCUUGCUUCACAUUUGUUCUCCUCAUACUCAUCGAAUUCAAAAAAUGAUAAAACCAUCAGUACCUGGCCUCUGGAAUUGAAGCUCUUCUUAGCAUAUUUAAUUAGUUUCAUUUCAUUGGGCUUUUUUCUGUUUAUAUCAUUGUAGUCUGUUGCCCGCAACUGUUCACACCGAACAGAAAGGGGUGAAAUAAGACAUGAAGUGGGACCAGGUGGAGCAGAAAACUGACUCAGUUUAUUUUUCUGAGGGUACAGGAUAUAUAGAGAAAAUCCAUCCUAACUUCAAAUAGCCCUCCCCGUGAGACACUCCCAAAACAUCUGCUGAGGAUAUGAUAACAUACAUUUCCUCCUUAUCAGAGUUCCUAGAUAGAGUUGUAAAUUCCAGGGCUUUUUCCUGGCGCCUGUAUAGAGGAGUGAAUAUGUAAAUCUAAGGUUCAAAGAGUGAGAAGGAAUGUCUCAGGAACCUCCU